AUGAUGAAGCUACCAACUUUUAUGGGUGGUAUUGAACCACUAAAAGCGGAGACAUGGAUGUUAGAGACAGAGAAGUUAUUUGAAGUGCUUAUGUGCUCCAAAGCUCAGAAAGUACUGUUGGCUACUUAUACUCUAAAGGAAAAAGCUCACAAUUGGUGGAUGCUUAUUCGACAUGACAAUGGAGCCAUGACUUGUGAUCAAUUUAAAGAAAUUUUCUAUGAGAAAUACUUCCCUCAAUGCUUUAGAGACAGAAAAGUGUUAGAGUUUGAGCAACUGAAGCAAGGUUUCAUGUCUGUGGCUGAAUAUAAAGCCAAAUUUACUGAGUUGGCCCAUUUUGCUCCGCAUAUGCCGCCCAAAUAUGUGAAUGUUCUUGAUCAAGCUCUAAUGACGGAAACUAAUUUAGCUGCAAUGAAACAAACAAAAGCUCAAACAACUGAAUUGAGGGGUAAAAGAUUUGGGUUUAAUUCCAGAAAAGGUCGGUCAAUUUCAAAGAAGCAAAAUACAGGGUCCUCCAGUAUUUCAAGUCAAAGUAGUGGUACAUCACCUACUUACUCAGAAUGUGGAAGGAAACAAAAGGGCCCCUGCUACCGAUCAACAGGAGCUUGCUUCUGGUGUGGCAAGAUUGGCCACAUGAUGAAAGAUUGCCCACUCACAAUUGAAAAUUCCAACCGUCCUGUGGCAAGUUCAGCCGAAUCCACUCCUGCACUAAGAACUAAUACCAGAGCUGACACCAGAUAG